CCGCAGGCGCAUGAGAGAGCAGGUCGGCCGAAGGUGGUGGUGUGAGGAAGGCUGUAGUGAGGGGCAUUUCUCCCUCUAUGGCGAUCAUCAUGCUUUAAAACAAUUGGCGAGCCAAGAUUGCUGUGAAGUAUUGACCUCGUUCAAGUCGAGUUGUCCGAGCAUCAACAGCCACUGCCAUCUUUGAGCCCGCCCAGAGAGCAGCCACUCGCAGCAGCCAUGUCGAUAACAAUUGAAAGCCUCGUCAACCCACUGUGGUACCAGCAGCUCCAGGAAAACUCGACCCUGGUGUUCGCCCUUGCCGCCGCGGCCCUCGGCUACGUCACAUACAAUGUCGCCUUCCGGACCGACAUCCCCUACAUCAAGGGCCUACCUGAAAUCCCCGGCGCCGUGCCGGUGUUCGGCCAUCUUCUGAAGCUCGGCGAGGACCAUGCGAGCGUGUGCGAGAAGUGGUGGCGCCAGUAUAACCACUCGGUCUACCAGAUCAAGCUGGGCAACACGCGAGCGGUGGUGGUCAACUCGUUUGAGGACUGCAAGAAGAUGCUGCUGGGCAACCAGAACGCCGUCAUCGACCGGCCGACGCUGUACACGUUCCACGGCCUGAUCAGCAGCACCCAGGGCUUCACCAUCGGCUCCUCGCCGUGGGACGAGUCGUGCAAGAAGAAGCGCAAGGCCGCGGGCACGGCGCUUGGCCGACCCGCCCUGCGCAACUACCUGCCCAUGUUCGACCUCGAGAGCUACUGCAUCGUGCGGGACAUGGAGCGCGACAGCCAGAACGGCAGCCUCGAGAUCGACAUCCGCCCGUACAUCCAGCGGUACGCGCUCAACACGACGCUCACGCUGUGCUACGGCAUCCGCAUGGACGCCGUGUACGACGAGCUGCUCCGCGAGAUCCUGCACGUCGGCUCGGCCAUCUCGCUGCUGCGCAGCGCCUCCGAGAACCUCCAGGACUACGUGCCCCUGCUGCGCUACCUGCCCAACAACGAGAAGAACGCCCGGUCCAAGGAGCUGCGCGACCGCCGCGACGCCUAUCUGAACCUGCUCCUCGACAAGGUCCGCGAGAUGAUCAGGCAGGGCACCGACAAGCCCUGCAUCUCGGCUGCGAUCCUCAAAGACGAGGAGACCAAGCUCAGCGGCGUCGAGGUCUCGUCCAUCUGCCUCUCGCUCGUGUCCGGCGGCUUCGAGACCAUCCCGGGCACGCUGACGUCGUGCAUCGGCUCGCUGUGCACGCCCGAGGGCCAGGUCUGGCAGGACCGGGCCUACGAGGACAUCAAGCGCCACUACCCGGACGUGCGGGACGCCUGGGCCGCGAGCAUCUCCGAGGAAAAGGUGCCGUACCUGAACGCCAUCAUUAAGGAGGCCGGGCGGUACUACACCGUGUCGUCGAUGAGUCUGCCCCGCAAGACGGUGGUGGAUGUGGACUGGAACGGCGCAAAGAUCCCGGCCAAGACGAUGAUCCUGAUCAACGCGCAGGCUGGCAACCAUGACGUCGACCACUUCGGCCCCGAAGCCGGCAAGUUCAACCCAGAGCGCUGGCUCAAGUCCAUCGACCCCCCAACGGAGCGUGAGAUCACCGGCCUGCCCCAUCUCAGCUUCGGCACCGGCUCGCGCGCCUGCUCGGGCCAGAUCAUCGCCCAGCGGCUGCUCUACUCUGCGCUCCUGCGCAUCCUGUCGUCCUACAAGAUCGUCGCGAGCGAGACGUGCCCGCCCAACACCGACUACGUCGACUACAACCAGUUCAAGAGCGCGCUGGUGGCGAUCCCUCGCGAGUUCAAGGCCCGCCUGGUGCCGCGGGAUCAGGCGGUGACGGAGGAGUGCUUGCGGUUGGCCGAGGAGCGGACAAAGGACCACUACAAGGUUUAGAUGGGGGGACGUGGGUGGAGAGAAAAAAAGGCCGGUGGGAAGCAGUACUGGGGCAGUGCUUAG